UAUAUUAGAUUUAUUAUGACUGUACAGUUAAAUGUUGUUAGAUUAAACACCUUAUUAAGGCUUACUUCCUGUUUCAGGGUUAAGCUUUAUCAGCAUGUGCUCCUAGACAGACAGGAAAGGAUUCUUAAUGUGAGAUACCCAGGCACCGAAAAAAAAAUUGUGACAAUAGCUGAAUUGAGAAGCAAAAAGGCAUCUAAUGCAACUCCAGAUGAAACAGCUUGGAUCAAAGUGACUAUACCAGAGGCUGAUUUGCAGAGAGUAAAUGCAUACAUUGGAUAUCUUGGCUGCGGGAAACGAACAUAUCUUGCUUUGGGAACUCGUUUUCCUUGCAUUUCAUGCAAAAAAGGAGAUACUGUGGCAACUCACAAAGUUACUUUCAAGUUUGAGGCUGUCGAUGACAGUGGAAUGAUGUCAUUUACAACCUUUAGUGAUGAUACAGAAAAGCUUUUCCGUAUGACAGCAUCUGAAAUCUGGAACAUGAAAACCACUGGGAAUUUGGAAACAUUCAAGGUUGUACAAGAAACACUAUCGACAAAGCCUUUCUUCAUUCAGGUAACUCCGACUCUGGAGUUAGCGAGGAAUAGUGUUCUGUUAUGGACUUUGAAAGCCAUUGAGGUAGAAGAUACACAGCCAGAGACUCAAGUCCUAGGUUCAUCAUCUGCUAAUCUUAACAAGGAUCAGACUCCCUUUACACCUGAUAAGGCACACAGGACAGAACAGGCAUUCAUAAGUGAGGCUGCGGCUUAUAGCAAGAAAGACUUCAACAUCUCACCAAGCACAACUAAGGCUCAUGGAAAAGCAAUUGCUGCUUCUAGCCCAGAUAGCAAUGCUAAUUAUAGUCAGGACAAUACAGAAACAAGCGAUGAGGUUCUUGCUGAAAUAGCCCAGCUUCAUGAAUUCAGGCUAGCUUCUGAAGCAUUUGACACAGAUUGCUUUGAUAUUCCAAUUCAGCAACCAAAUAAAGGACUUACAAUUUCAAAGCCACCAACUUCAGUCACUGAACUUCCUACAUGGAACAAGCUUACUCGCACACGAAGCAGUGUCAAGAAUAAGGAGCCAAUGUCUGCUGAUGAGAUGCAGGAUUCAGAUGAUGAAGAUCCUGUUCCUAGGAAGAAGCUCCGAACAGCACUGUUUAAGGAAGCUGCUGAGAAAGAAAUUUCUGAAAACAAAGAGUAAUUUGAAAGCAUCCUCAAAAAUUUAUGAAUGAAACCAGCUAAAAAUAUAUAGAUACUAAGCAGCGUUUGCUAAAAGAAUAUUAGUACUAAUGAAUCUCUAUUAUAAGGUAGUUUGCUAAGUUUGAAAAGCUUUUGGAUGUUUAGAAGGAACAUUUUGGGCAUCGUAUGUUCCCUAUAAACAUCAGAUAUGUAUAUAGAGUACUGAAACUAUGUAAUAAGGACUGGCCUGUAGUAACGAUAGUGUCUUAGACACCCUAAUAAGUAGAACUUGGAUCUUCUGAUAUGUACAAAGUAAUGCUGGCAAUUAAAAGCCUAGAAUAUUGUAAGCUAAUUAUGUUGUACCUCCUUGUAUCCUUAAAUUAGGAUGCCUGUCUAUAAUAUAAACCAA